AUGGCGUACUAAAAUCAGAUUCAAUAGUAAUACAUCCCGCAUUAGCCUCAGAAAACUUAAACUAAAUUCAUUCCUCAGUUCGACACCUCUUAAUAUAAUACGUGUAACAUUCAAAUAGUCCUCAUAAUUUAUGUUUUAGUCAACCAAGUAGGGAACAAUUUGGAAAACUUGAAGGAAAAAAUGAAGAACAAUCAAUUCGAGGAGUACUAGCGUAAUUUCGAUAAUCUUCCCGAAACAAUCGAGAAAUAUAUCUAGAGCAGUGGUGCAUAUCAUCUCAAUAAUGGAGGCUCGGGUGGAUAUUUAGAGAAUUGCGAAGAUGAAGAUGAUGGAAUGGACGAGGAUGAUGAAGGCAACUAUGAAGAUGAAGAUGAUUAUAACCAGGAGACUGAAGAGAAUUAUAUAGAUAAUGAUGACUACGAUGGGCAAUAGGAUGAAGAGGAAGAUGGAGACUAUGAUGAAGAUUGCUAAGAUAAUAUUGAUAGCUGCGAAAUGGACACUCAAGACCAAAGUUCUAUUGGUCAGAAAAAUCUCCCAAAUAUCUAUUAUGGCACUGAUACUGACGAUGAACUUGAUCCUUAGAUAUAAAGCCAAUAAGUAUAACAGCAACUCUAUUAAAAUGUUUAAAUGGAUCAUAAUGAUUUAAGAUCUGUUCAAAUGAAUGGGAAUAUGGCGAAUUAGAACAUCAGAACCAAGAUUAUUUUGAAUACUGAUAUAUGCUAAGAUGAUUUCUAAAAUUUCCUUGCAAGAUGUUCUCUGCCAUUACCAAAUAAAUUGUCCUAAAAAUUCCAAAGAAUUUCAAAAGAGUUCAAUAACAAUAUUACUUACAUCAUGAACUACGUGUAUAACUUGCUUCAAUAAACACCAUAACCCCUUGUAACUUCCAAUUUGGUUUAGACGACUCAAAUAAAUGCAACUAAUGCCCAGUUGCUAGAAAAUGCUUAAACUGAUAAAUCAAGAUAGCAGACCAAAUACGAAAACUUAGUUCAAUAGUCGAAAGAAUUAUGCAAGAAAUAUGUUGGUCCUCACUCAGUUCUGCAAGUUUUCUUAGAGAAAAUAAUAGACUGCAUUGGCUAAAUCGCCCUGCAAAUAAAGAAAAUGGCAAAGAAUGAUUUAAAACUAUGGCAAGAAAAAGUAAUUAAAAUGAAUUUAUAGAGAAGCAGUUCGGCUGAUAGUGGAUUACUAAUAACUACUACAAACAAUCCGCAAAUAUGCAAAUAAAAACCACAGCAGCAUGAGGAUAUUUUAGAAGUGCAGAUUAAAUUCAAACCUCUAGUCAAGAACAUUGAAGCCUACAUGAAGUUCCUUCAAGAGAUCUAAAGUAAGUACAUAUUCAUAAUGAAGGACUGCGCAAAAGUUGUGUCUAAAUAAUUUACUAACAUGACAUCAGUUAUAAUUGAGGGCAAUUCUUAUGAAUUCCCAAGUGAUGAGCUGCAUAAAGCUAUCAUUAAUAAGCUAAUUCUAAAUGAUCAGCAGCAUUUCAAGCAUUUCUUCGCUCACAUAAAAAAGUAAUUCAAGAGAGAUGAAGCCAUUAUUUAGGAGAAAUAUCCAGAUUUCUUCAAAGUGAUUUAGACCUUUAUGAGCUAGGUAGAACAAGAUACCACAAAGACUGUGAGUAUAGACUAAUAUAUGAGAGAUCUGAGAAAGCAUGCUCUGCAAGAAUAUGAAAAGCUCUUUGAAAAGGAGUAGACAACAAAUCAAAACUCAGACUCAAAGUCAAAGAGAAAGAAGAAGAGAGAUCGCUAGAAGAAGGCUCAGGCAGCACUUGCAUUAAGUCAAUAAUUUGUGUUUUAGAAUCAAUAAUAAAAUCAAUAGCCUAACAUGAAUAGGCUCUAGCAAUAAUAACAGUAAUAGCAGCAGCAGCAUGAUCAAUAGCAAUAUGCUUCUUACUAACUUCAACAGCAACUUCAAUAAUAAAAUUUUACUCCCGAAUAAAUCAAGCAAUUUCAAUAAAACCUUCAAUACUAGUAGUAGUAAACUUUUACACCUAAUAUGUAGGCUGCUCAAAAAUAGCUAGCCCAAUAAUAGCAAUAGUAACUGACUCAACAACAGUAAUGGCAAUAUGCAAACUACUAAUAAUAGAAGUAACAACAGAUUCAAAAGUAAUAGCAGCUUUAGAAUCUACAAAACAAUAGUAACAGCUAAAGUCCUUAAUUUCAAUAGCAACUAUAGCAGUAGCAGCUUCAAUUUAAUGCUUAAGGCCAGGAGAUUUAUGGAAAAAAGAAAAGAAACAAAAAGAAGAAAAACAAAGAGGUUAAACUUACCUCAGCUGAAAUUAAUCACAUGAAUGUUGAUGAAUGGUGCCAGUACAUCGAAAAUGUAAAUGACCAAAACUAGCAAAACAAUAACAAUGCUAAUAUAUCUAUUGGAUCAGGAGGCAAUAUUAAUAAAAGUCUAAACAAGUCUAAUAAAAAGGCUAUGUAGGAGCUUUAAUAAUUAAGCAUUGAGCAACUAAACUAGCUGUAAAAAGCAAGAGUGAUGCAUAAUUAUUAGAUUUAAAAGCAAAUCAGUGGAAAUAAUGCAGCAGCAAGGUUUGAUUUCAACAUCAAUUAAAUAGCAGCCUAGGAAUAUAUUUUCUCAGAAAAGAGUAUUUGUAACUAAUGCAAUGGAUAUGUCAAUGAAAAGGGACAAUACAUUCACGAAGAGAUAUGUGCUAUGGCAUUUGCAUAUGUAACAGGCCUCGAUGCCUAUGAUACUCAGAUAAAUCUUGGCAAUCAAACAAGUAAUAGUAGUAGGUUUUUCUAAGAUGAAGACUUUGACUUAAGCGAGCAAGAAGUUGAAAAAUAAAUCGAAGAAUUCAGGUUAAGACUUGAAAGUUAAAUCAAGAAUCAUCAGGGAAAGAGAAAAAUGAAGCCAAAUAUUUCAAUUGAUUGGAUUACCUCUCUUAGGCAAAGACUUAAGAGUGGUUCAACCUAAGAAAAUAGCAGCAAUGAAAGAGUUGAAAAAUCUCCUUAAAAAUCCAACUCCUAAGAGAAGAGCAGUACUUAAACUUCUACUGCUGCAAGUGGGAAUCAAACUCAAUCAUCAAAGUCCUAAACAAAGGAAUUGCCAAAGUCAAAUAGAGCUAGCUACAAAAGAGGUAAGAAAUCCUCUUAAGGUCAAAGCAGUAAUGGGGCAAGGCAGUGA